GCUCAUCAUGCUCCACUGAGCUUUCUCUCUGCUUACAAAAGAAGCGCCAACGAAUUUGGAUUGGAUCCAAUUCUCGUCCCCAUUAUCACCUCCACAGGCCACUCAUUCAUUCGCCACCUCAUUUCUCUCUCUCUGGUUUCAUUUCAUUUCAUUCAAGCACGUAAUCUGAACCUCCCAAUUCCAUAUUCAAGAUCAAGUUUCUGUAGGACGGAGAGGGGUUCAAUCAUUUUAGAAGUGUGACUGUAAUAAUUUUUGGACCAAGUCAGGGGAAGAAUCAUGGAUCUGCUAAAGUCUUCGGCACGCCUCAUGAUUGUUUCAGAUCUUGAUCAUACAAUGGUUGAUCAUCAUGAUUCUGAGAACCUUUCUCUGCUCAGAUUUAAUGCCUUAUGGGAAUCCAAUUACCGUCAUGAUUCUCUGCUAGUUUUCUCAACUGGAAGAUCACCUACACUUUACAAACAGUUGAGGAAGGAGAAACCCAUGUUAACUCCAGAUAUAACCAUAACGUCUGUUGGAACUGAGAUAACAUAUGGAAACUCAUUGUUGCCAGACGAUGGUUGGGUUGAAAUCUUAAAUCAGAAAUGGAAUAGGAACCUAGUCAUAGAGGAAUCAAGCAAAUUUCCUGAACUCACUCUUCAGUCAGAAACAGAGCAACGACCACACAAGAUUAGCUUUUAUGUUGAGAAAGCUAAGGCUCAGGCUGUGACAAAGGCUCUAAAAGAGUGUUUUGAAAAGCAUGGACUCGAUGUUAAAGUAAUCUACAGUGGAGGAAUGGAUUUAGAUAUAUUACCACAAGGUGCUGGCAAAGGACAAGCUCUUGCGUAUCUACUAAAAAAAUUUAAGUCGGAGGGAAAACUACCCAAUAACACUCUUGUUUGUGGUGACUCUGGAAAUGAUGCUGAACUAUUUAGUAUACCGGAAGUAUAUGGUGUCAUGGUUAGCAAUGCUCAAGAAGAAUUGCUGCAGUGGCAUGCUGAAAAUGCUAAGAAUAACCCUAAGAUUAUUCAUGCAACAGAGAGGUGUGCAUCUGGGAUCAUACAAGCCAUCGGUCAUUUUAGCCUGGGGCCAAACACAUCUCCUAGAGAUGUCACUGACUUUUUGGACUGCAAGUUGGAAAAUGUUAAUCCUGGACAUGAAGUAGUGAAAUUUUACGUGUUCUUUGAGAGAUGGAGGCGUGCAGAAGUUGAGAAUUCUGAGCCGUAUCUGGCAAGUUUGAAAUCAGCUUGUGAUCCAUCUGCGAUUCUUGUCCAUCCGUCUGGCGUUGAGCAAUCUCUUUGUGACACCAUAAAUGCAAUGAGAUCAUGCUAUGGAGACAAACAUGGAAAACAAUUCCGGGUUUGGGUUGAUCGGGUGUUGCCCAUACAGAUUAGUUCGAACACAUGGCUUGUGAAGUUCAAUAAAUGGGAGUUAUCUGGCGAGGACCGGCGAUGUUGCACGACAACUGCCGUACUGAGUUCAAAGGAUGCCACCAGUAUGUCAGAUGGAUUCACUUGGAUGCAUGUGCAUCAAACAUGGUUAGAAGAAUCAGAACCCAAAGAUCAUUCAACCUGGCUCCUCUAGAUAACAGUUACAGCUUAACCUCGAGUUCGUAUACUAUAAGAGCAUUUCUAUCAAAUAAAUGUAUUAUUAUUAUUAUUAUUAUUUUUUACAUGUUCACACAAGAGGGGGAAAGAAAAAUUCGAACUAGUGACAUUUGCUUUAUGAGGUGUGGUCCGGCCAGCCGAUUGAACUGCCUCUUUUGGACAAAUAAAUAUAUUUGUAUUGCAGUUUUUGUUUUUACAUUUUGUAUUUUAUGAUUCAAAUAAUAAUCAUCAACCCAUAUUCCAUGGUUAA